CCUCUCUCAUCCCCAGCACCUGAAGCUCGUGUAGAGAGAGAAAGUAGAGAGAUAAAGUAGAGAGAGAUGGCGAAGACGGUGACGCCGGGCGCGAUCUCCAUCAUGCGGUCGACGCCGUCGCCGGACUCCUCCGGCGAUGUGCCCGCCAUCGUCGUCCAGGUGCUCGACCUCAAGUCCACCGGCAGCCGCAACCGCUUCAUGUUCACGGCUAAUGAUGGGAAGAUGAAGUUGAAAGGGAUCCUGCCUUCGAAUGUGGAGUCUGAGAUUCUUUCCGGGAGUAUUCAGAAUCUGGGCCUGAUCCGGAUACUUCAUUACACCCUCAACGACAUUCCGAACAAGUCGGACAAGUAUCUGGUUGUCAACAAGUGCGAAGCGGUUUCUCCAGCACUCGAAAUGGAAAUUGGGAGCGAUGCGAUCGAGGAAAGCGGAAUUCUUUUGAAGCCGAAGCAAGAAUUUGAAGUAGAAAAUCAAGCGAAAACAGGAGCUGGAGUACUUUUGAAGCCGAAGCAAGAGAUGGUUGCGAAGUCGGCUGCCCAAAUUGUUCACGAACAAAGCAGGAAUAUGGCUCCCGCUGCACGUCUAGCCAUGACUAGAAGGGUUCAUCCUCUCGUAUCACUGAAUCCUUACCAAGGCAGUUGGACCAUAAAAGUCCGAGUGACGAGCAAAGGGAACAUGCGCACUUACAGGAAUGCUAGAGGUGAAGGUUGUGUCUUCAACGUGGAGUUAACAGAUGAAGAUGGUACACAAAUACAAGCAACAAUGUUCAAGGACGCUGCCAGGAAAUUCUAUGACAAGCUUGAAAUGGGGAAGGUGUAUUACAUAUCAAGAGGAACACUGAAGGUUGCUAAUAAACAGUUCAAGACAGUGCAAAAUGACUAUGAGAUGACCUUGAAUGAGAAUUCUGAAGUGGAAGAGGCCAGUAGUGAAGCUUCUUUUGUCCCCGAAACAAAAUUUAAUUUUGUCCCAAUCGAUAUGUUAGGUCCCCAUGUCAACGGGAAAGAGCUCAUUGAUGUUAUUGGCGUGGUUCAAAGUGUUUCUCCUACCAUGAGCAUCCGAAGGAAAAGCAACAAUGACAUUAUCCCUAAGCGUGAUAUAACUAUUGCUGAUGAGACGAAGAAGACCGUUGUGGUUUCUCUGUGGAAUGAUCUCGCGACCACUGUAGGUCAGGAAUUGCUUGACUCUUCUGACCAAUCGCCUAUUGUUGCUAUAAAGUCCUUGAGAGUCGGGGAUUUCCAAGGUGUAUCUUUGUCUACAAUAAGCCGAAGCGUAGUAAAAGUAAAUCCAGAGACACCGGAAGCAGAGAAGCUGAGAUCCUGGUUUGACUCUGAAGGUAAAGGCAGCUCAAUGGACUCUGUUGGUUCAGGCAUUACUGCCUCAUCAAGAAAUGGAUCAAGGUCCAUGUAUUCUGACAGGGUGUUCCUUUCUCAUUUUACUAGCAAUCCUUCUUUGGGUGAUGACAAGCCUGCAUUUUUCAGCGUUAGAGCCUACGUGAGUUUCAUUAGGUCUGAUCAAACGAUGUGGUAUCGUGCAUGCAAAACAUGUAACAAGAAAGUGACAGAAGCCAUUGGAUCUGGAUAUUGGUGCGAAGGGUGUCAGAAAAAUGAUGAAGGAUGCAGUUUGAGAUACAUAAUGGUAGUGAAGGUUUCAGACCCAAGUGGUGAAGCAUGGUUUUCUACAUUCAAUGAAGAAGCAGAGCAUAUCAUUGGGUGCCCAGCUGAUGAGCUCAAUCAACUGAGAUCACAGGAGAACGAGGAGAACCCAUAUCAGCUAAUGCUGAAACAAGCAACUUGGGUUCCUCAUCUUUUCCGGGUCAGCGUUGCUCAGCAUGAGUACAUGGGUGAAAAGAGGCAAAGGCUAACAGUGAGAGGAAUUGCUCCUGUUGAUUUCGCUGCAGAGUCUAGAUUUUUGCUGGAAGAAAUAUCGAAAGAGAAGGCUUCUCAGUAGGGUUUGGAUGGGUUUUGUUGUCUCUAACUAUAUGUUGGUUAAUCUCUCCUUGUCGAGUGGGGACUCCAUUUGGGAUCCUCUUCUUUUGCUUGUAUAUGGCUUUCAGGGUUUAGUAGAAACAGGCGGCUUGCUGCAUCUCUAGA